AUGGCGGGGCGGCCUCGCUGCGAACUGUGCGGGAGCCGCCCGGCCCCGCGGCUCUGCCCGCGCUGCCGCCUCGUCCGCUACUGCUCUGCCCUGCCCUGUGUUUCCCUGCAGAAGUCCAUCGUGGAGGUGGCUGUCAGUGCUGCCCAGAGGUUCCUUUGGGAAGGGAAGGCCCUGGAAGCCCUCCCUGCAGCCCUGCAGGCCCUUCGCUUCAGCGCCCGCGUGUUCGGCUGGAGCUCCGUGCAACUGGUGCCUGUUUAUCUCCUCCUGGCCGAGGCCUCCACGGGCACUGGGAAUCUCCGACAGGCGUCCAAGUACCUCUCUGAGGCCGAGUGGAUCGUCCUGCAGAGCCCAGACUGCCCUGCUGCUGUCCAGUCCAGGUUACACCGUGGGCUGGGGCUGUUCUGUAUCGCUCAAGGAAACCUUGACCAGGCUUUGUAUCACCUGGCCACUGAUGUUUAUCUUGCUACUUCUGCCUUUGGAGUGGACUCCAUUGAGGUCUCUGGGGGGUAUUUCCACAUGGCCAACAUUUUCCUCCGCCAGAAUAAAGUGGAUGUGGCAAACUCACUCUACACUGAGGUGACCAGGCUGUGGCAUUCCUGGCUGCUGAGCUCACUGCAGGAGCACCAGGGACGGCUCCGGCGGCUCCGGGCCCGCGCCGAGGCGGCUCCGUGGGCUGACGAUGAGGAGGUGGCCGAGGAGGGCAUGACCGAAGCCCAGGGGGAAGAAGCGAGGCGGGUGCUGCAGGCCCUGCUGGGGGUCAGGAAGAAGCAGCAGCUCCCCCAGGAAACAGCCCGAGUCCUGCACGCCCUGGCCAUGCUCCACUACCUGGACCUGGAUUUGGAGAAGGCCCGGGAGGUGGGGAUGAAAGCCUUCGACCUGGCCAAAGAGCUGCCCCAGCAAGACUCUCUAGAAACCAUUGGUCACCUGUUGGAGCUGAUUAAUGCCAACUUUUCCCACACAAAAUAAGAACUGGCUCAGCCAGAUCCAGGUGUUUGGCCAGGUUAUCUCUUCCCAGGUUCCUGGACACCACGAGCGUCGAGAGCCCUCCCUCCUUCCCGCUGUUGCCUCUUCCCAGCUGUUGUUCCUUGGCUGUCCCAAACUCUUUGGAAAGUAAACACUUGGGUCUGAGUUAA